CUCGCUCCAGACCCUUGCGAUUUAGCCCCGCCUAUUGUAAGCUCCUCGCAAUUCAGCCGCUGGCUGCAAAGAGUGAGUAGUCGGCCCACCCAAUAACAACAAUAACAAUACAUGCAUAUCUACAAUUUGACGCCUCUCUUGUUUUCGUAGAACAUGUUUGAACGCAUUUCCGACCCCAGAGUUUUUCGAUCACAUCACUCUGGCCAAAAUGUAAGGCAAGUUGCAAGAGAACUGCAUAACUUCGUCGCUGUGUAAAGUUCAUUUAAGACGGAUUCAAUAUUGUAGCAAUUCUAUUAGGCUGUUUUACAAUUUUCAUUAAUGCUUUGAAAUUAUGCCUCGAUGAUCGAUUGAUUAUUUUGACCAGUGAGUGCGAUGAAAACAGCCUGCAUGUCCGCCACACGCCGUCCCGGACUCUACAAGACAUGUCUACCGGCAUGUGUCUCCACCCGUACGGCGGGGCCGGUACCCCGGAUGAAGGCACACACGUCGUCAUCUUUAGCGGGUGUGAGGAGGAUAGACUCAUGUUCGAAUAUAUGGAAGAUCCUUCCACCUUGCCGAAGUGCACACCUUCCCCCGGAAGUGUCCGUCCGGACUCUGACGGGUUCUUCCUGCAUGACAAGUGGUAUAGUCGGCACUGCAACGCCAGGAGAUUCCCGGGGGCAGACAGCAUCUCACAGUGUCUGUCGGGGAAAAACCUGAUCAUCCAGGGGGACUCCACCGCCCGCCAGUGGUUCGAGCACCUGCACAUGACGCUCGGGCUCAGCACCAUCCGGCUGGCUCCGGACCUGGACAGCUGCCGGCUCGGGCCGUGCGCAGCACACAACAACCUCACUGACUUCCACAUGCACUUUCAGUUUCACAACUUCCCAGUGAACGGAAACCCCUUCAAAGUGCACAACAUGGAGUACAUUGUGGACGCACUGGAUCGACUAGAGGGCGGGCCCAGAGUCACCUUCGUGAUCAACAUCUGGGCUCACUUCACCCCGGAACCGGUGGACGUCUACCGUAGGAGGAUACUGGCCAUCAGGGACGCCAUCUUGCGGCUUCAUCAGAGAUCGCAGGACACACUGGUCGUGGUGAAGUCGGCCAACAUGGCAUUGAGCUCUUUUCCUCCAGACAGGCGGCCGAUCACGCCGGACUUGUACCUACAAGCCGAUGACUGGUACUCGGAGGAUUUUAACAACAUGAUGAGAGACGUUUUCUCGGAAACGAAGGCCGUUUUCUUGGAUGUUUGGGACAUGACGUCAUGUCACCAUGCGCCCCAUGAUAUCCAUCCGACAUGGGGUUUGGUGAGUGAAGAGGUCAACCUGCUUCUCGCCUACAUUUGUCCGGACAGAACACUGUAACGCUAGCC